UUGGAUAUUAUUGUUAUUAACAUUAUUAAUGUUAACGCUGCCACAUCAUAAAAAAAGGUGGGAUUUAGCUUAACAUUUGUACCAUAUUCUUGCCAAUCACUUCCAUUAACAACUCUUUCUCAACUCCCUUUAAUUACAGUUGGCCCUUAAAGGGUUAAAAACAAAGGUCCUACUGAGAUCUCUUUUCAUACAUUUCAUUUCUACCUGCAUCUAGAAUAUACAGCAUAUAUUCAGUGAUAGGUCCCAGUCACCCUUAUGGAAGGGUAACAUAUAUAUAUUCACGUUGUUUUUAUUAUCCACACACAUACAUAUAUACACGCAAUUCCAAGUUCGGAAAAGUUUAAAGCCCACAUACAAGCUGUUGUGGGUCUGUCUGUUGUGUAUCUUUAAAUCUGGUCCAUUGUCACUGUAGCGCUCACUCCUCUCACCCCCACCACCCUAUACACUAACAUAUGUACAUUUGUGCAUACAAAAUGUAUGAAUAGAAUACAGGUCUUUUUUCCCCCUAUACACACACUCAUAUUAAGUAUAAAUUAUUCUAGCUGAAUUCCGUACACCUGCAUAUGAGCAUAUGCAUACAUAUAUUAACAGAUACAAGUAAAACUCACACACAAACACAUCGACAUAAAAUGCAUACAUUUUCACUGUCAUAAUAUAAAACAUAACACUAAUGCAUCUAAAUACACAUGUAUAACACAUAUCAACAUAUGUGCACACGCACAUUAAACACACCUAUGCGCAUAUAUACACACAUGUAUAAGUUGUUCGCAACUCGUGUAAAAUAUAUGCAGCCAGUCCAAAUAGACCCACACGUUGCAUUUUCCAAGAAUCAAUAUAAUACUAAUUGAAUAGCUGUAAAUUGCAUGGAAAUUCUCUCAAAAUGGUUAUCUAAGUGUGGUGUGUAACAGACGGAAUUGUUAUUUAAUUAGCCUGUGUUCAUUGGAGUACCGUUACAGAUGGCUAAUCUUGUGCGCUCAGCCGCGUUCAAGUUACGGAAUAUUCACACCAAGUUUCGGAGUCAAUCCUUCGACAGUGGACCACCGACCGCAUCUUCACCGGAUCCGGCCGAUGAACCCCUCUCCAAUGAUGAGAAACGACAAACAACAGACCUUAAACGUAAGAAGAGUUUUCAAAACUCCUCAAUCCCAGAACCUUUGCAAGUUUCUGUCGAAGAUGAAAAAGAGAAAGAAAGGCCUCCUUUGGAACGGAAGAAGAGCAAACCUCAACCUCUUGGAACCAUUCCUUACGAGGUAACAUUGAAAGACACUUUGGUAAGCAUUGCUGCCAAGUUCAAUACAACACCGUCAAACCUUUUGCAGAUAAAUCGAAUGUCUUGUCGUAUUAUCUGCCCUGGACAGGUACUAUAUGUGCCUGGCCCUGAUUAUGACGUCAUCAAUAACACUUUGGAACCCUCUAGUCCAACUGCAAUAAACAUUCCUGAAAAUGAUUCACCAAAAUUGGAUGUAUCUCUGUCGGAUAAAUCUGUCUCGAAGGUCCCUGGCCAUGCUGAGCGCCUCUCGCCCAAAGAAGUUGUUGAGAUCAAUGACCCCGCAAGACGGAUCAGUGAGGAAGAAGCACGGAAACUAGACGAGGAAUGUGUCAGCAGAUUCUUGAAGUUUGAUGCCAAACAUAUUACGGAUGGCCAGGGUGUUGUAAAUGGUACCCUUAUAGUGACACCAAAUGCCAUCAUGUUUGACCCCAGUGUCCAUGAUCCUCUAGUCAUUGAACAUGGAAACGACAAAUAUGGUAUGGUUGCAGCCAUGGAGACCAUCAUCAGUGCUGCCAUCUACAGAGACCUGAAGACCAUGAAAAUAAAAGGCCAAGUGCCCACAUCUCAUUAUCCUGCAACAUCAUGUCCUGGACAGUCUGCCCUUCAGUCUGAGGGAAAAGCCCUUUGUUGCCAGCAGAGAGAUUCUGAAAACUCUGAAGUACCAAAGGCUGAGGUGUAUUGUGGCCAGGGCCACUUCAAGUUUGCUUCCAGCAAACAAGAAAAUGAAUCAGACUACUUAGAGACCUCCAACAAACUGGUGAAGAUAAUGCAGGCCGUUCAGUCGAGCCAGUGUGACAGCAAAGAACAACAACAACAACCACAGCAAACAACAGCAGUGACAACAACAACAACAGCAACAACAACAACGACAACACCUACAAUUCCACCAACAGCAGAUAACGUCAUGAAACAGGGCGUCGGCAAUGGAACACUCCCAGGAACAGAAGACAAGACGAUGGAGCGAUUGCCGAAUGUGGAGGGGAACCUGAACAGACUCUCAUUGGAGACAGCAGACCACCAGAGCAACGGCAUUGGUAGGGAUGCGAGUGAUGGUCUCCCUGAGCAUCCAACAGAUGCCACCGUAAAACAGGCAGAAAUGCAAAAUGACCAAGUUGAAGAAUCCAAUAAGGACCUCCUCCACCACAGACCGUCAUCAUCACCGUCAGCAGCAUCAGAAGCACCACUGGUGUUGCAACCACCAAGGAAACCCCACAAAAUCGUUACCGAUGCGACGGAUGGAACGGAAGUUGAUAACGAAGCAGACUCUAAUGUAGAUAACCAAACAAGCAAAGAGACUCCAGAAUUAAACUCUACAUCAGCACAACCAAAGCUCUCACCAAAAGACCCCACAAUCACCUCCUCUAUGAUGGAAGGGUCGCCCAAACUGAAAGCUAUCUACGACUAUGCUGCUGGCUUUUUCCAGAGUUCCGGUUCAGCAGCAGAGAAGACAAUGCCUGGCCCAGAGGGCACACCAGAAUGGCCGACACCGUCGACAGGUGUCCCCUCACAGCAGGGAAGUGACAAUUUAUCUACGAGCCCGACAAGCCCAAGAACCCCAGGUGUCGAAUACACGACCAAAAGAGGCACUCGGGUGCGGGUGGUGUCAGCGGUCACGAUGGAGGACACACCAAAUUUAUUCCAACCAGUAACGAAACUCAAAGCUUCCCUGUUGACAAUCCGCUAUGAAGAACCACCUUUAUUCCUUUGCCUCAAAGUUGGCAAACCCAAAAACACAACGGUAACCUAUGAGGCGCCAUUCAGUACUUACGGUAAAGCUAAGAAACCAGAAUACUGGUUCACAGUCUCCCAAGAGAAAGCUGACAACUUCUAUGCAUUCCUUCUUCAUUGGAAACCAGAAAUCUAUGGAGACGAUGAAGAAACGGAAGCCCGCAAAUUGGGUUUUGUGAUUUUUGACAACAGCAGUAACCAAGCCGAGGAUGAUCUAGAUAUUUUAGACGGCUAUUUUGGACACCGAGAAAGUAUUUCCAAAGACUGGGAGGCAAAACGGAAAGACUCGAUCAACACAAUGAAGGGUCAGAUGUAUGAUUUUGUGAGAAAAACGCAGAACCUGAAAGGGAGUUCCAUGAAGUGGUUGAGAAAAAUUUCAAGAAAACAGAUUGUAACCAGUGAUGAAGAUUACCGUAAGAAGUCCCUCGAGGUUGACGACACCCCUGUCCUACCCGAGUUCGUUGGCGAAACACAUAUCCUCACAGAAGAGCAAAUUACUACGUUGGUGGAGCAUCUACCCGGCCGUACAGUGGGUUACUCCUGGAUACUCAUAUACAGUACAGACUUACACGGCUUCAGUUUGAAAACUCUCUACCGAGACAUGACCAACUACGAGAGUCCAGUGUUAUUGACUGUCCGUAACACUCAGAGUCAAGUGUUUGGUGCUUUAAUAUCAUGUCCUCUGAAAGUUAGUGAUCAUUUCUACGGCACCGGAGAAUCCUUCCUGUUCACCUUCCAUCCAAAGUUCAGGAUUUUCCGUUGGACUGGAGAAAAUAAUUUCUUUGUAAAAGGCAACCAAGAAAGUUUGGUUAUUGGUGCUGGAAAGGGCUUCUUUGGUUUAUGGUUCGACGGAGAUCUCUACCAUGGCCGGAGCCAUCCUUGUGAUACUUUUGGCAAUGACGUCCUUUGCGAAGAAGAAGAUUUUGUUGUGCAAGCGUUUGAAGCUUGGGGUUUCGUAUAAGGUAGGGGUUCACAUACAUA